CCCGCCGGUAUUAGUCUCAGAAGCCUCUGCUGUCCGUUUUCCCUCUCGGCUUUGCCUCAGGGCACUAAGUCAUAAAUGCAAGGUCUAUGAACCCGCGAGGGAAAGGCUGCAGUGUUGGGUGCCUUUGCUGUGCAGCAUAUUGGCGAUAGUAUACCCCCCGCGCAAGGUUUGGGAAGCCAGGCCUGUUUUGAAUGGUUGGGCCACAUCACAUGAUGAGAGGAAGGCGGCCGCAGGGGAGCGACUCGAGGUGCCUUGUGAGGUCAUGAUAGCGCGACAAGCUGCAGUUGUGGGCAUCCUGGAUGCGAUUUUCUAUUUUGUACAUACGUUAUUUUGUAUAUACUGUAUAUGAUGACUUCGGUGAGCAGUGACCGUUCCCGAGGUGCUCGGGAAAAAACACAAAUUUCAGCGACACAGGCAUCACAGCUACAGAAACAAGUAGUACAGGCAACAGCUGAACAGAUGCGUCUUGCUCAAGUGAUCUUCGAUAAAAAUGAUUCAGAAUUUGAAGCUAAAGUUAAACAGCUUAUGGAAGUGACGGGGAAAAAUCAGGAUGAAUGCAUAGUGGCCCUACAUGACUGUAAUGGAGAUGUGAACAAAGCUAUCAAUAUAUUGCUGGAAGGGAAUUCAGACACGACUUCAUGGGAGACUGUAGGGGGAAAGAAGAAGAAUUUUGUAAAAGAAAGUUCAGAAAACAAAGAGAAUAGAGAGAAGAGAAGUGAGAGAGAAAUAAAUCGUGGACGUGGAAACAACCGGAAAGGAAGAGGUGGCAAUCGUGGGAGAGAGUGUAAGUACAUUUCAAAAAAUUUUUAUGCACACUGAAAAGCUGAAAGAGUG